UUUCUCAUGCCUACUUGCUGGUGAAAAUGGACCAAAAUCCUUCGUUGUGUUGGGAAUCCAUCCUUGAAAAAGUCAGAGAACAUAUUCCAACCAUCGACUCUGAUUCUUCCUCGUCAGAAAGUGAAGAAACUAUCAGCAUUUUUCAAAGACCAGCUGGUCUGUCCUUGAAGGUCCCUGAAGACUUUAGUUUUUCUCUGAACGAUGGCGACUUAGAGGUAGAGGCUUGGAAGAGAGACAGUGUGCUUUUGAAUGCAGCCAAACUCAAUGCUUCCCCAAAGCCUUACAGAAAUUAUCAGAAAGCUGCUGAGGGUUUUCCUGUUCUCUCAUUCGAGAGGCUCAAUCAAUGGGAUUUAGACCAUGUCCUCCAAAAUAUGAAGGGAGAUGGCCUGUCUCUGAAACAGAACGUGACAUAUGAACCUGCGACAUCACAUGCAGAUGGAGACAAGAACCGGUCCCAGGAGAGUAUAAUGGACAAACUAGUUGCUUUCUGUAAGAGUCAGUCAUCUCUUUCUUCAUCAGAGCCAGGGAAAGGUUUAAACUUGAUCAGACAAAAAAAUGUGUGUAACAUAUCACCAGAGCAACGCUUGAGCCACCAGAAAUGCCCUACCGUUUACAUUGACCUGUGUUGCCCUGAUUCUUCAAUAAAACCACUGAAGACAUCUACAGAUAUUUUAUCUGAAGUCAAGUCACAAGCAAAAUCCAAUACUCACAAAGAAACAGCACCUGCACAGAAGCUUAAAGUUCAAACUGCAUCACAAGUGCGGGGCAGUGACAUGACUGGGAAGAGUAUGUUGCUGCACACAACACGGAUGAUGAAAAAAAAAGAGAAUGCUAAUCAAGAUAUACAUACAGACUCAACAGUGCAAAGUAGGGAUGCAGAAGAAUCCACAGAGUUUACUCGUCAUGCGUUGGAGCAUUUGAAGGAAGAAGAAUCUUCUCAUACACAGAUUAAGAGUGUAGCCCCCAAAAGGGAGCGCACAAAAGGAAAUUGUAGUAGUAAAAUCAAAAAGCAGGAGCAGCAGAGUGACCAGCAGGAACAGCACCAGCAAAUCCUGAAGCAACUGACAAAACAUUGUCCAACUAUGUCUGUCAACAAGAGGCAACCAGCUGCUGAAAAGACUGAUGUUCUUUAUCAUGUUGAAGCAUCUUACCUGCAGCCAAUCAGCACACUGCCAGCAAACUGGGAAAGUAAGGGGCAAAUGAUGUUGAUUGUCAACCUUUCCAGUCCUGGUAUGGUUGAAGAAGCAGAAGGUCUUCCGUGUCCAGCUGCAACCAAAUCACACAUCUACAACACUUUGGUGGCCUGGUUUCUGUCUUUGGUUGGUCCAUGCCCACUCAGUGAUGAAGAAGAGUUCGGUGCAAUAGUCCCAUUCUGGGUGGCAGGACUUCAGCAGCUGUGGACAGAGGAUGGACUGGCAUUGUAUGUUUUAGCUGUGGCACGUGGCUCUUACACACCAAAGAAAAAGCAGAGAGACAUCCACACUCCUUUCUACGACCACGUCUGCAGGUUCCUCUCCGAGACCACACUCCCUGUUAUUGCCCACUGGCUACCUCAGCUCCAAACCCUACUGGACCAGGAAUCUUAUACUUCAGCGAUCCAUCUGCCCUCUUCCAUUUUGAAGUCUUUUAUCUUCACCUCCUCCAGGAAUGAGCUCAUAGAAAGGAUAUUUGGUCUUAGUCCAGCCUUUUACUGGCAGACAGUUGAAUCCCAAGAGAAUGUUUGCAAGGGGAAGGAUUCCAACCUGGAGCUUCACACAGAGGUAUCAGUUGCUCUGGGCUGUAAAACUUUCUUCUUGGAUCCCCUCAUGACACACUACACCCUCCAGCUUGUUCUGGACUCUGGGUUGGACGUGUGUGGUCUGAGACUCCUUUAUCCAACGCAGGAGUCCUUGACUGACAGUUCUGGUGCUGAACCAGGUAUCCAAACAACAGAUGAGACAUGCCAUCCUGUUCUUGCCAUGGCUGUUCGAGGCCCUCAUUCUAACUCAGCUUUCCAAGAUGUAAUUACUUCUUUAUAUAUUGUGCUGCCAAGAAAGGAAGAUUCCACAUCUGCCAGCUCUUUCCGCUGUGGAAAUCAAAGGCUUGGUCCCCUGCUGUCUCUUCAAAUUGCCAGUCAAGUUCAUAGAGAUCUAUGCUUGUGGUUUUCAGGAAGACUUCCAGGAAAAUGCACACAGAAUGACAAGCAGUCUCUGAAUAGAGUUGUACACGCUCAAAACAGAGACAAAGGCAGUGCAUUCAACUCAAACAGAUCCCCUUCCUCAUUGUGUGCUACAACUAAAGCUGACUUGCUCCUUGUAGUGUCACCUACUGUGCCCCCAUGUUGCUAUAGCCAAGUUCUGGCUGUGUGUGAAUUCAGAGGGUUCAGCCUUAUGGGGCUGCAGAGACUGCAGCUGCAGAGCAAUGGAGCUGCUGUGCUUGGACUCAGCAACCAGCAGGCCCUGAUAUUCUGCAGUCCAACUACCACCCAGAAACAAAAGGAGCAGGAUCUGUCCUCUCACUGUCUGGUGUUGAUGCUGAGGAAAGAAAAUGCAAUGCACCACAGCGUUAGUCUGCCAUCAGCCCUAAUGAGACAGCUUAAGGCUGAAAAUCUUCUGGGCUGCAUCCAUCCCAGACAGGGCGGCAUUUCCACAGUCAAAGCAGACAUGUGUUUCCAUACUGUGCCUUACAUCAGUGAGCUGUUCUUCAUCUUUGUUCGGUGUAUGUGGACAGUGCCCAGUCCUUCCCAUGUCAUCCUGUCCCGUCACAAGUCCUUGUCCACAGCUGACAUGGAGCAGGUGGUGAUUUUGACCAUGUGUGAGAAGGACAUGAGCAAAGGCCUGAGCCUCCUACAUAGAGUGCUGACAAAAGGUUUCAAACUGCUUGGCCUUAAGUUUCUGCCUGUGUUGACUCGGCCUCAGGCUCUGGAAGUGACUCCAUAUGAGGUGGGAGAGCAGCUCUAUAACAGCAGCGUGGAAAUUCUGAUGUCCUCCCCUGUCCUAGUGUGCGCUCUGAGCCAGGCUGAGGCUUUUUAUUCCCUGAGAAAGCUCCUACCACAGGAUUACCCUGCUAACCUCAGUGUCCUAAUGUCAGCAACGCCUGAAGUAGCUUUUAGACAAGCUUCUGUAUUCUUCCUCGAGUGUGAGGUAACUUUUGGAGGGCUUGUUGAGGUGCAGAAAAAACAUAAUGUCAGAUACCAAAGAUACCAGAUACCCAUAAAACAUCUUAGGAGUAUUCAGAACUGUCAUUGAUGAUUAUGUACAUUUACCUGUAAUCUGCUCCACAAAGCAUACACUCACAGCUGAAGUUUAAUCAUAAGAGAAAACAUUUAUGCUACAUAAACUCAAAUAUUGCAAGUGUUUUUGUCAGAUUCAUAGGCGAAUGUAUCUUCCCAUUAUAUGCCAUAAUCACUAUUUAAGAUUAAACAUUUAUUUCAAAAUAUAAAACACAUAAUAAGGCUUGAAUUGCUUGUACCAGUGCAGCAAGCAGAUCCUACAUUUCAAGUAUCUUUUAAUCAGAUCAAAAUAAGACACUGACUCCAGC